UAAUUAAGUUAAUAUUUCAUGCUUUGCUAUUGUGAAUCAGAUCUUGAUUAAAGAUAGUUUUCUAUAAAAUGGUAAAUAAAAAUAAAGGCUAAUGGAAUCACACAUGGUUACUGCUUUAAUGAAUCAAACUGGGUUGAGUUCCCAAGCAUCUCACGCUUUACUACAAUCAAAAGGUUGGGACUUGUCUUCGGCUUUAACUACAUUUGAAAAUGUGAAAAAUACAGUCUCUCUAGAUUUAAAAUCAAUGAAUUAUGAUCAACAACAAGAUCAGUCUGUUGAUCAUGAUUCAUCUAUGGCAAAUAAUCUAGAUAUACCUGCAAAUUUACCACUUCAAAUUACCCCUGAGACUUACACAAGUAAUAAAAAUAAUGCCUAUAGACGACCAAGUCUUCUCAAGAGUAAUGCUUUGGAUGUGGAAGAUUGCAAGAAAUUGGCUAGAGGCAUAUCCCGAGCUACAGAAAAUGUGAAUUUAGUUUCUAAAGCAAGAAAUGAGUUUGCAAUGAAUUUUCCAGUAAUGCACAAUACAUUAAAAAAACAAUGCUAUAUAGAAACUCCAGAAUAUACCUUUACUUUGCCUGAUUUAACUGUAUACAGUAAUGAUUUCAAAAAAUUUUUGGAAAAAGAUUUGAUAGAAAACUCGAGUUUGGUAGCUUUAGAACAAUCAGGACGGUUGAAUUGGUGGGCUGCAAAUGGCAUAUGUCAAAGAUUGUGGCCUAUUUACAAUACAGGUGAUGGAAAUUGUUUACUACAUGCAGCUUCAUUAGCAAUGUGGGGUUUUCAUGAUCGUUUAUUAACUCUAAGAGGAGCUUUGUUUAACUUGUUAACAAAUGAUCCCUGUAGAGAUGCCUUGUGGAGAAGAUGGAGGUGGCAACAAUCAAAAAUGAAUGCAGAGGCUAAUUUUGUGUAUUCGGAAGAAGAGUGGUCAAAAGAAUGGGAAGGCAUUGUUUCAAUGGCUUCCACAGAGCCCAGAAAACCUUAUAGGAGACGUAGUGUUAUGGAUACUCGCAUGUCAGAUGAGACUGAAGCUUUUGAAAAUGCAACUUAUGAAAGUUUAGAAGAAAUCCAUGUGUUGGCUUUAGCACAUGUAUUAAGAAGGCCCAUUAUUGUUAUAGCAGAUGUGAUGCUAAAAGAUCAGAAUGGCGAAGCAAUGGCACCAAUUCCUUUUGGAGGUAUUUAUUUGCCAUUAGAAUGUUUACCAUCAGAUUGCCAUAGAUCUCCACUACUUUUGACUUAUGAUAUGGCUCAUUUCUCUGCAUUAGUUGUGAUGGAAAAAGAAAGUUUUGGAGAUAAAUCUGUAAUAAUACCACCAGCUGUUAUACCACUAACUGAUGCAGAAAAUCAUUUAUUGCCAAUUCAAUUCAGUAUAGAUCCAGGCGAAGCUUUUGUAUGGGGCAAAGAUGAUAAAGAUUCUGCUAAUUUGAAAAAUUUUGUUUUAACAGAGCGAGAUCAAAUAAAUGUUCUUAAAGAAUAUCUAGAUGUUGUGUAUGUAAGUUCACAACUUUCUCCUGGUGAAGAAUAUGAAGUUGAUUUUUCAGAGGAUGAAAUUGAAAAAAAAUUUACAGAACCUGAAGUUAUGGCUGAUGAAAAUGAUGGACCAAUUUUUGGCAAUAAUAAAAGCAAGGCAGCCAAACAAUUACAGUCAGUUGCUAAACAGUUUGGUUCAAUUGGUAAAUCUAUGAGCAAAAGAUUCAAGAAAAAUAUUGGAUCAAUAACGACAAAAAUGGCCAAAAAUCAAAAGAAACCUUUAACUUCAGGAAGUUCUUCAGUAAAUAUAGUAAAAUCAAAGUUGUUAUGUGCAGAAUUAAGAGCUAAACGACAUGAAUAUCAAGAAGAAAUGGUUAGAAAUUAUUUAGAAUUUGCACAAGAGAGAUUUUUGAAAUCACAAUCAGAUAAAUGUAAACAAGAAAGAGAAAGGCAGCAUUUUGAAAACUUAAAACUUCAAGAACAAGCAUAUUUAGAAGGAUCAUUAAGUUGCAUAAACCCUGGAUGUGAUCAAUUUGGCACUGCACUGACAAGUUAUAUGUGCACAGACUGCUAUGAAAAACAACGAAAUGAUGAAAUAUUAAGUCAAACUGAUGACUUGUCUCCUCGAUAUGAUACAGGAAACUCAAAAUUUUAUGCAGAAACAGAUAUAGAAUCACAUGAAUUUAUAAAAAGAAUGCCAUCAGUAAAGGCUUUAAAUAAUUUGGACCAGACAUUAUAUUUAUCGAAAAGUACUUUUUACAAUGAUGUUAGAAAAAAUGUGUCUUUAUAUGAGAAUGAAAAUUCAAGAUUAACAGAAGCCGAUAGAGAAAUUAAUUCACCAAAACAACACCAUCGAAAUGGUUACGAAAGAUUAGUAGGCGGCCAAGAUAGAGUUCAUGCAGAAACAUAUGACAAUAUGCCAAAUAUACCUUUUAAACCUCUUAAAGUCAAUAUUCCAGGACAAGCAAGUAUAUUUUCACCAGGAAAUACAAUAGGUAAUAGUUCUGUAUUAUCGAAAGCAAAAACUUCACGAGAUAUAAAAUCGGCUGAUAAGAGCACAGACCACAUAGAACAAGAUGUUGAUAUCAGGAAGGUCAAAUCUUCGAUGAAUUAUUAUUCAAAUCAUGAUCAUUCUGAUUUAGCUGACCGAACAUCAUUUCACAAUAUCCAAACGCCAUUUGGAAAAGCUAAGCCUUGCAAAACAAUAAAUUGCAUGUUUUUUGGCAGCCCAGAAAUGGAUUAUUACUGUUCUAAGUGUUCUAGGGAACGAAGAUUUGAAGACUAUUAAAAUCAUCAAAUAAAUCACACCUGCAUUGAUAUUCAAUAUAAACAUCUUUUUUUAUGUAGAUGUUUAUGUAGAAUAUGUAUAUGUUAAGCUUUUUGCUAAUAACCACAAGUUUCUAGCAAAACAUUAUAAGGCAAC